AUCAUAUUUAAGUUUAAGUUACAUACAUACCUCUGUCCGAUUUUUCAAGUCAGCUGUGAGAUUUGAAUAUAUGCCUUGAUUAAAGAUGCUUCAUUAUUGUAGCAUUUCUUUCUUAAACUCCAAAAUAGCCCCAAACGCACAAUUGGUCGCUGUCGGAAGUUAUUUUUAAUUUUAAAUUUCUGGUACAACUGCCACUGUUGGGAAAAAUUCUGCUUAAUCAGGGAUUGCCCUGACACAGUUUGUCGGUUCUCACAACUUGAACUUCAGGGAAGGUCGCUUAAGUGGAAGAAAUGCAAAGGUUCUCCAAAAAUGCAACGCAAGUGAAAAAUGGCCUAUAAAGUAGAUGCUGCCCAAGCAGAAUCAUUCAUUCCGCCGGAAGAACCAAUAUGGCUGCCUUUAGGAACUCCCUACUGCUGGUGACGCUCUUGCUUGCCCUCCACUUGGAGGCCUCGAAGAUAGUGUACAAGAAGCCGCUCUACGGGAACAGCAACUCGCUCAAGGAGAAGCGGACGAGAACGAAGAGCGCCAAGCCGGAAAGCCUGCCCACCACCACCGCCGCCGGGGAGGAUUGCCCCUCCGCCGUGGAGUUUGUGAUUGUGACGACUCCCAGGGGUGAUGUUGAGAUCAGCUCAGAGGCGGCCAACAACGGCACCAGCACCGCGGAGCCAGCCGUCGAGGAUGCCGCUGCGAUCUUGGCGGCAGGCUCCUCCAAGUCCGGGGAGCUGAGCACAGUUCCGGUUUCGGUUUCAACUUCGUUUUCCGAGACAUCGACAACUGCGAGCAGCCUGGCCAGCACACUUCCCUCGCCGCCGACGCCGGAGUCCUCCUCGGCAGCGCCCCAGCCGGACAACCAGCCGGUUCCCUGCACCUGCGGCGUCUUUCUCUCCUCGCAGAUCCCGAACGGCCUGCCCACGAAGCCGCUGAUUCACCAGGAACUGGACCGGAUGUUCCCCUGCAACGCCAUCGGUCGCAAGCAGUGCCAGACGAAAUGCCUGGAGGCGAUCGUCCAGCACCUGCCCAACUCCGCGAACAUCGUCUGCGCCGCUCUGGGCCACGACUGCCACAAGGAGCGCGCCUACCUGUUCAUCAAGAACUGCCACAACCAGUGGGUCAACACCAAUCUGCAGGCCGGCAGGGAGUACUGCUGUCGCGGGGGCGUUCCGUACCGGUGCCCCUUGUUGGGCUGAAUCUGCCUGCGGGGGUUCAAUAAAGAAAUUAGACCAA